AUGUUACAGUUAGACCAAAAUAACCUUCUAAUCACAAAGACGCUCACAGAAAGGGUCAAUGCUGUGGAGGAAAAGAGCUUGGACAGAAUCGUAACCGACUUUGAUUUCACCACAUAUCAUCUUCUGACAUUUCCAGACCAAAAGAACCAAAUCUUGAUUUCUGUUUACCUCAAAUGCUGGGACGAUUUGGUCAAAUAUGGGGUUGUAGACUACUUAAAGGGCAAGUACUCGCCCUACAGUGACGUGUUGACGAUUUUGGACCCCAAAGAUGCCGAAACGAACUACAAUUACUCAAUAGUAUUGGACUUGGAGAGGGCCAGACAAAGUGAUGCCACCAGUGUGAUCAACGAGAUUUCGUAUUUGAAGAGACACUGUCUUGCUGCUCCGUUCGAGCGUGGAUUUGCACGGUAUGAUGAAUUGGCUGAAAAGUAUGCCUCGUCCAACACUUACUCUGAAGAAAUUCAAGGUGAGUUGCUGACUGAAGAAGUGCUUGUGAUCAAGUAUCGUGGAGCCGAGGAGUGCAUUUUCAUCAAGCCAUCGUUUGACAGAGUGACGGUCAUUUUUUCCACCACUUUCAAGGACGAAAUGGACAAGACUUUUGGAAAAGUGUUUCUUCAAGAAUUUGUAGAUGCCCGGAAACGGUCGGUACAAACGGCUCCACAGGUGUUGUUCACUCAUAACGAACCUCCUUUGGACAUAAGGAAGGCAGCACCAACCACCAAGUUUGAUACUAACAAGGGAUAUGUGACGUUUGUCUUGUUCCCACGGCACCUUGUCAAAGGUGAUCGCAGAGACAACUGUAUUUCUCACAUCCAGUAUUUCCGCAACUACUUCCACUACCAUAUCAAAUGUUCCAAGGCCUACAUGCACUCGCGGAUGCGUCACCGGGUGAAGGAGUUUCUCAAGGUGUUGAACAGAGCCAAGCCGGAGAAUGUCGAUAACGACGGCCGCGCAAUUGAGAAUCGUAAGACUGCUAGUGGACGUCGUUUUGAUGCUCGGGCAUAA